UCGCUCUGUUCCCUGUUUCAGAAGAGGAUGCGUUUUCUAGGCGGUCCUCUUGUCAAGCAUCGUGAUGCCAACGUGAGCGCAUUUCUUUGGGCAUUUCUCGUCCGCUCCCAGGUGCCCUGCCGAUUUGUAUGCCAGCACCAUCCUGUUGGCUCAGGGCAGUCAUCCAAGGUAUUGGAGGGUCAGCUUCUAGGGACCCACCACCGACUUCUUCCUAUUCAGAAACGUUGUGGCUCGUUGUGUUCCUUUGUGGUUCCCUUAUGUAUUCUAGCAGCUUCUCUGUUCCAAGAACAUCACAUUAUGCUUUUGGUCAGUGCUGCAUGAAUCUGUUCCCCAUUUAUUCUAGGAACUGGGGCUUCACCUUAAUCUCUUAGGGUCCAAAGACCUCCAGCAGCGCCUGGUGGGUGUGCUUGCGCCUGGAAACGUCUUCCCUAUCAACGGCCCUGUCAGGCCAGCCACUGAUGCCCUAGAAAUACCCAAGAGAGCAGGCCUUGUCUCUCGCUCCUGGUUGGUUUCUAGUGCUGAGCGAUCCAGGAAAGAGUCUGUCUAGUAUCCAUUGUACACAGUCCUUUAUUAUCGCAAUGCAGUAUACAGAAAUCAUCAAGGGAAUGAAAACAUCCAGUUGCUCACUCCCACUAGACACACGUCAAGAGUCCCAUAAUGACUGGAGUUUCCGAUGGUUGCGCUGGGAGGGGACAGCGGUCAUGGGCAUGCAGAACUGACACUGAGGUGACUGCUGCAGCAUCCUGGUCUCAUUAGAAGGGAUGAAACUCCAAUCCCUGUCUCCUCCGAGGGCUCCGGCUCCACACCAGCCCCGUGAACCUCUGACAGCGCAGCAAAAGGGUCAGGCAGACGCUGCAUGGCCCAGAGACAUCUCCACGCACCUGGGAGGAAGGGGUGAGGCAGUUUCUCUCCUAACGGCACUGCUCCUCUUUCGGUUCCUACAGAUCUGCGUGUAGAGAGCCUCGACGACUCCAACAGUGAGGACGAAGUCUCUGCAGGUAGGGAACGGCACCGAGGAAGGGAACAGUGGGACAGGGCUCCCGGGAACCUGGGGUUGCCCCUGCCGCUCUGGAGAAUGAAGAAGGUCGGUCACAAACCACCAAGGAAAGGGAUGCUCUGGCACAGGCACGAUUUGCUCAUUUCACGGUUUCUGAAUGAAAAGAGCAGACAAGGUGCCCACGGGCCUGUAGGGUAGGCUGGGUUUGUCAUCACCACCUCGACUCCUUGCGCGGCUCCUUUAAGGAUCUUUCCCAUCAAACCAGCUCGUGCCUCCCUUGGCCGCUGCCACAUGUCAAAGCUUGGUCUCUUUGCUCCUGGCCUCUCGGGGAUGGUGCACAAGACAUUCUGGAUCUUUCUUGGCACGGGCCCAGACCUGGUCAUGCUCGGGACUUGGCGGCCCCAACCACCCUCUCCUGGGCAAGAGAACCGGGACGCUACGUUCUGCUGUGAGCCAGGAGGUGGAAGACGGGUCUCAACUCUCUCCCUCAUAACCUCCACUACCAAACCGUCCUGGUUCUCUCCAAGCUGCUGGACCUUCAAGGGGACGCCCAGAGCUGCAGAAGGGAAAGCGUACUUCCCCUGGGUUCACCACACGGGCUCCCGGAAAUCGUAGCUUCUGCCCGCCUUCACACCCCAGCCGAGUCUGACCUGUGGACGUGUUCCCAAGGGAAGGACGCCCCCAUGCAGCUGCCCUGGAGACCCCCUGUGGCGGGCCACGGUCCCCCAGGCCUGUGUGAAGGGGCUGCUGGACCCGCUUCACACACUUGCUGCCCCGGGUCCACUCUACCUCUCACCAGCUGGCGUCGAGGCAUAGCACAGAGCCUCUUGGGAGCAGGGCCAGGGAGUCACCGCUCCUCUCACAAACCCACCUCGCCGGCACACAGCCCUGGCCAUGCUCCCCACUCCCCAGGCACGCCCAAACGGCAAACGUUCCUCAGGCCUGCCCGGGGCCCUACACACACCUCGACCGCGUCCAUUCCCUGCAAGCCUCCGCAGGAGCACUGCCCGGAAUCCUGUGUUUCAGUGACCACACCGCUAGACGUUUUCCAGGGCUGCCCUGAACAGCUGAGGCCACCUGCACAAUUUCCUGUGCUCCCGUCUCCAUUCAACCUCUGUAACACUUCAGGAAACAGAGGCCGUUGCGUUCCCUGAAACACGUCCCUGGGAAGGUCAUCUCGGUCCCUGGGCAGACAUGGGCUGUGGGGAGGUGCUGGGCCAUCUCUCCCUGCACUUCCCCAGCAAUCCCAGACCCAUGACAGCUGCUCCCAGCACAGAGGGAUCAGGGGACCGAUUCCGGGGGACCCAGGACAUCUACCUCUCUUUCCUUGGUUGCCCCCUCCUGGACAACAAUAGGACUGGUGGAGCUUGGCAGGGGGAAGGACAUGGAGCAUCUCUAGGGGAGGAGGAGCAGGAGGAGGAGGAGGAGGAGGAAGGAGAGCAGGGAGGGACAGGAACAAGGACGGAGGAAGACAAAGUCACGCAGAGGCAGUCUCAGGGACAGGGACGGCCUCCAGAGGGGAAAGGAUCACACAGACGGGCUUCCGGGUCUUGGAGGGAAUCGGAGGUGGGAAGAGCAGGUGGGCAACCAGAGACCCCCCCUGAACCCUGCGGAGAUCAAGCGACCAAGGCCAGGGAGGACUCGGCGCUAGGGACCCACCCCACUGAGGGCAGAGCCCAGCAUCCCCAGAGCAGCAGGCCGUGGGUCGUCAGCUGCACUAACUCCCCUCUGUCCUCUCUCACGGCCACCCUAGCAUCCUCGCUGCUCUCUGACCCGGAGGAGGAUUCCACGGAAGACGACGAUUCCGACGGAAGGAGCCACCCCGUGCCUCUCUCAAGCAGCUUCCCUUCUGUGGACUUGACACAAACAACAAGGGAAGCAGGAGAGGAAGACGACUCGGGAACGGGCUGCGCCACAGGACAGCCUGCCCACGACCCCGAGGCACCAGAGGCUCCUGGGGUGCGCCGACAAAGGGAGCCAGGACGGCCCCGGGGCCCCACUUGCGGCUCCGAUUUGGGCCCGGAGGAGGAUUCGGCGCCAAAGGGAAGACUUCUGGGCAGCCCACCAGAAGACGGCACUGGAACCCCGAGGGCGAGGCGAGAGGACCCUCUGAGUCGGCCGCCACACCCAGAGGUGGCUGCCCAGGCCCUGCCGGGGCUGCUCCUCCUCCCGCUGUCCCCUCCAGUCCCCGGCAACCCUGCACAGCAUGACACAUGCAGGACGAAGCGGCGCUGCCAGGGCCCCUUGACCACCCUGGGAUCCACUCGAGGGGCAGCAGCCCUACCCCUGCUGGAUUCCCCGAGGGUGCCGCCCCGGAACCGCCCCUGGCGCUUCCACGCACAGGACCACUACCCACCGCCUCACCAGGAGCGGAAAGAGUGUCACUUCCUGGCAGGAGUGGGAACCCCAGGAUCUAUCAGGUACCUCAGGAAAAGGAACCUGCCCAAAUCCACAGGUAUCACAGGCAAGUCCAAUGGCAAGCCCUUCCCUUGGCUUCUGGCCUAG